AUGUUUACACUUGUAAAAGGUUUAAUUGAUAAAAAUAAACGAUCAAUAAGAAGUGAAUUUGAUUAUAUAUUCAUUUUCAUACAUGGAUUUAUAAUAGAUCGUCAUACACAAAAACAAAAUGAAAUACAAACAAUAAAUAAUAUGCGUUUCGUAAUUAACGAUUAUGUUAAAACAAAAAUAAUACGUCGUAAAAAAGAUGGAAUUCUUUCAACAAUUGCUAAUGGUGGUAUUCAUCAAGAUAUCGAGCCAUUUUCAGGUCGUUCAUCAAAUUUAUCAUCACGUAUAUCUGGAAUGUUAAUAAAUCCAAAUUGUGAAUUUGAAUUAAAUUUUAUUCCAUUAAAUACACUUAUUGAUUGGUUACCAGAAUUUAAUAAAAUAAAAUCAGCUAUUGAUUUACAACAAAUUUUAAAAAUUGAUCAUUCUCUGGAAAAAAUGAGUCCAAAAGAAGCUGUAUUAUCAUUAAUAAUUGAUGAAGAUUCUCAAGAUUCGAUAAGUGAAAGUCAAACAUCAAUUGCAUCAUCAAAAAUUCAUAGAAUGGAAUAUGAUGCAAGUGGUACUACAAGUGAUUUAACAUUAGAGGAUAUAAGAUUACUUGUUGAAUUAUUUUAUUUACCUUAUGAACAUAGACCAAAUGCUCAACAAAUGUUUAUUGUUUUUUAUUGGCUUAGAUUUAAUUAUGAUCAAAAUAAAAAAUUAAAUGAAUGGCGUUGUCGUACUUCAGUAUUUCAUACUAAUGUAAAAAAUUUUAAUCAUUUUGUUCAACGAUUAACAACAAUUCAUAGUCGAUCAUUACUCUAUAAUGUUUAUAAUUAUGUUAUUGAUAUUAAUUCAACUGUAACUCUUUGUUCUAGAUAUCUUUAUUAG